AUGUGAUACUCCGCCUGCUAUGACGGGCAUGUUAGCCCCGUCGACGACAUCUUACAUAUAUACAAGCCUCUGAAGCAACAGCGGAAACAGGUCUUGUCAAUUCUCCGCGAUGUCAGGCCUUCGCCGUCGAUUUGGGUACAUCUUCUCGGCCUCUAACCCUAGCUCUCCAUCCACCGAAUCCACGGCAGAUACUCCAGACGAAGGCAGUAGCAGCGCUACUCUUUCGGUACGCAAGGGUGGAGACCAGCCUCAUUUUGACACGGGCUUGAAGGUGCACCAAAUCCCCGUGAGGCGGAGGAGUAAACGGCGGAAUGGGCUGAUAUUUGGGCUCGGAGGCGUUUUUGGAAUAUUCUUGGCUUUAUUUUUCGCAAAUCAUAAUGAGGUUAUUACAUUGGAUGCCCUGAUGGACUUAAAUUUGGAUUCCUUGAUCGAUGUUAUGCCCGCAGGCAUUAUCAGAGAUGCAAGCCAAUUUUCGCAAACGGAACGCGCAGCUGUUAGCUAUGAUGCCUUCUCGAUCGGCCUCGGCCUUCAGGCUCAGGGCAUCACAGCAAAUCACCCGAUCAUUAUGGUUCCUGGGGUCAUAUCCACAGGGCUAGAGAGUUGGGGAACGGACGAAAAGUCGAGACCAUAUUUUAGAAAAAGGUUAUGGGGAAGUUGGAGUAUGAUGCGGGCCCUCGUCCUCGACAAAACUGGCUGGAAAAAUCACAUUAUGCUCGAUAAGCUCACAGGCUUGGACCCCCCUGGUAUUAAACUCCGGGCGGCGCAGGGUUUUGAUGCAACGGACUUCUUCAUUACGGGUUACUGGAUUUGGAACAAAAUUUUGGAAAAUCUUGCGACGAUUGGUUAUGAUCCGACUAAUGCUUUCACCGCUGCCUAUGACUGGCGGCUUUCCUAUCUCAACCUCGAAACGCGCGAUCACUAUUUUAGUAGACUCAAGGCAUACAUCGAGACGGCCGUGAAGCUUUCGGAUAGGAAGGUCGUUCUUGUUUCGCAUAGCAUGGGCUCGCAAGUUGCCAUGUUUUUCUUCAAAUGGGUUGAGAGUCCGGAACAUGGAAAUGGAGGAUCUGACUGGGUAGAGACGCACAUCGAUUCGUGGAUCAAUAUCAGCGGCUGUAUGCUAGGGGCUUCAAAGGGGGUUCCGGCUCUUCUGUCAGGAGAAAUGAAAGACACCGCACAACUCAAUGCCUUCGCUGUCUACGGGCUCGAAAAAUUCCUUUGCAAAUGGGAGAGAGCGGAGCUUUUCCGCGCAAUACCUGGAAUAUCAAGCAUGCUCCCGAAAGGCGGAGAGGCUGUCUGGGGAAACGAUUCCUGGGCUCCAGAUGACCAAGAAGAUCAACCCUUUACGUUUGGCAACCUGAUCAAUUUCAGGGAGGCAAAUUCGUCGAACACCCAACAGAACCUUACUGCUGAGACGAGCCUGCCAUUUCUCUUCAAUCACACGGAGCAGUGGUUCCAAAACCAGGUCGUCCGGAACUAUUCACAUGGUGUCGCACAUACGGCGAGGGAGGUCGAAGCGAACGAAAAGGAUCCGCGCAAGUGGCUAAACCCCCUGGAAGCACGCUUACCCCUUGCCCCAAACCUGAAGAUAUAUUGUUUCUAUGGAGUUGGCAAGCCUACGGAGCGCAGCUACUUUUACCACCAUGAUACCGACAUGGUAUCGAAGCUCAAUUUCAGCAUCGAUACGACGGUGACAAACGGGAUAGUGGACCGUGGAGUGGUUAUGAGCGAGGGAGACGGUACUGUCAACUUGCUGAGUUUGGGAUAUAUGUGCGCGAAAGGUUGGGGGAUUAAACGAUAUAACCCCGCUGGUGCGAAUGUCAAAGUGUAUGAGAUGCCUCAUGAGCCUGAUCGUUUCUCGCCUCGAGGAGGUCCCAAUACCGGCGACCAUGUCGAUAUUCUCGGACGGUCCUUGCUCAAUGACCUAGUCCUUCGCGUCGCAGGUGGGAGAGGCGACAUGAUCGAAGAGAACUACGUGUCACGAAUAAGAGAAUAUUCCGAUCGGGUCAAGAUCUAUGAAGAAGAAUGAAGAAGUAAAACAUAUCAUUGGUCAUGUGUAAAUACGAAUUUCCUAUUGUUUUUGCCUAAAUCCGCUUCCUCCCUAUCGUUUCCUUUCUUGUUAUUUCCUACCUGCUUUGCUCUGUAGGAGCGUGGCCCUGGAAUGUAUUAUGUCCAUUUUUUUGGGGGUGGAGUACGUCGUAUAUAACACCGUGUUGUACCUGUUGUAUUUCUUUGGUAUAACAUAUCUUUCCUGUACAUCCUGCAUCGUUUGACGACGAACAGCAGUUUGCGCCUUUGAGCUUUCCGUCCUUCUGCAGUUUCGUGUCACCUGUCUGCACUUGAAUUCCCCUUUACGUUUAUAGACGACCUGGUUAGCAAUUAACACCUUUUAUAAUUA